GACGCGCUGCCGUUGAGGCGCGCCAUUCGGGCCGAACGCGGAGUUUUGUUUAUGGCUUUAGGUCAAUGCGUCAAGCUGUGACUAAAAUGCUUUUAGAAAUGCGAUUUCGAUUUCGGGUGAUUGAACUACCAAAAUUGCAUUAAAAAGACAUGAACUAAGUGCAAAAACGUAGCAGUGAAAUGUGUUCAAUGUUUUGAAGGUGGAAACCUGGACACUUUAGAUAUGCGGUCUGUCGGUCGUUGGGUGGAGGAAUCCGAAUUAAAAUGCAAAAUCUCAGUCAUGAAUGAAGCAGUUCAUAAAACCAGAAGAAAUAUGAACUAAAGUGGCAGUGACAUGUGGCCAGUGUUUUGAAAGUGGACAGUUUUGAGAAUGUCUCAGUGGUUGUGGCUGGCGGCUCUGUUCUGCGGGUCGCAGGCAGCAGUGCUGCCGCCGCCGUGGGCUGACGUGAGGAAGAAUCCUUGCGCGUCGCAUCCGAGGGGCUGGCUGAUGCUGUACUGGCCAACGGAUGGGAAAUGCUACACGAUUUAUAAGAAAGGCCAUCCCUGUCCAGACACGCAAGAGCUAAGCCCCGGCCGUUGGGGAGGGCGCACCAUCGCCGAAUGCAAGUGUCCCCCCGGCACUGCCCAGUUGCCCCUCUCCACCACCUGCUACCGCCUCUUCGAGAGGGGGCCUUGCAGACCAGGAGAGUACUUCGCGCCAGUGGAGGAAUCCUUCAAUAAGAGAGGGGAACGGCAGGGCAUGUGCGUGCGUCCGCAACAAUGUGCCGACGAGACUUUGCUGCAUUGGCCUGCUGACGGGCGCUGCUAUUACCGGUUGAGCCAGGGACCAUGCUACCCGGGUUCUAUACUCGACAUGGGUAGCGACGGUGUUGCUAACUGCACGUGCGCAUCCGAUGGCCCUCACUACUGGGCUGGAGACGGGGGCUGCUAUGCGCACUACUCGCGCGGUCCCUGUGAACGUGGACAGCUGUUCUUGCCUGGCGGCCGGUGUGGAUGCGAUGACCACUUGCCGCACUACCACAAAGUGACUUCCAUGUGUUACGAGCUAGACACCAUCGGCCCGUGUCCCAAAGGUCACAUAUUCUCCAUCUCCGAGGUUUCCCCUCAAGGCUCGAAGGCCGAGUGCCAGUGCAAGGCGUUCCAUGCGCGGGCUUCGGACGGGGCGUGCUACAGGCUCUACACCAGAGGGCCUUGUGCCAAUGAUGAGAUGAUUGCGAGGGGUGGACGGUGUAUUAAAGUGCCGUGCGCCCGCGGGCGACUGUACGUGCCGGAGCGGCGCCGGUGCUACCGACCCGGCACGCCGGAGCCAUGCCCGGCCGGCGAGGUGGUUGCGUUCGACUUCGACGCGCGUCCUGCUCUCGACGGGCUGAGCCACAACGGCGUUUGCGCGUGCGGUGGAGGGAACUGUGCCAGGCGGGAGAUGGACGCCUGCGGGAUGCGAAGAGGCGCCGCCAUAUACGGUGGCGCAUGCCACAUGUUGCACACACAGGGCCCGUGUCCACAGAACUCGUGGCUGGUCCGUGACGGACGCGUCACGUGUCGUUGCCGGCCCGGACACUUGCCGCCAGACUGCCGGCCCGACACAAGAGUUGCUGUUAAGAGUUGAGGCACUGUUUGAUGCAGGAUGUAAAAUCUACCCCCUAAAAAGUACUCCUAAUGGGUUCGUGCAUUUACCGAUAUACGGAUCUGACAGUGCUAUUGUACUUCAAUUACAAUUAUACGGCGGGACAUGACAUGCUGCACACAUUGGGUCUUUGUCCACAGAACUCAUGGUUAUUGGUUAGUCCGUGGCGGCCACGUCACGUGUCGUUGCCGGCCCGGAUACUUGUCGCUAGACUGCCGCGUGCCGGCCCCAGUGUUUGAUGCAGGAUGUAAAAUCUACGUCCUCCAAAGUAAAUCUUGUAGAUGGGUUCUUGUAUUUGACGGUAUAUGGAUCUGCUAGUGCUAGGCUUAGUUAUAACAAUUAUACGGUGCAGGCACACAUGCUGCACACAUAGGGUCAGUAGAACUGGUAGCUGGUCCGUGACAGGCGCGUCAACGUCACGUCAGUGACGUAUCACCGCCGUCGGCCCGAGCACGUGCCGUGCCGCCCGACUGCCGGCCCGACACUAGGCUGGUUAUGUGGCUGUUAAGAAUUGAUUCAGCGUUUUGAGGCAGGAUAUAGAAUCUACACCUUACAACCUACAUCUGGUAGAAGGGAUCCGUGGUAGAUAUCAGUACUAUACGCAUUGACUUAGUUGUAAAUUAUGGCAGUGUUACUUAAUAAGUACUAGCACAAUUUGUACAUCUUUACUAAGCAGUAGCUAAUAUAAUUAGUCGUAAAGAAGAUAUUUGAAAUAAACCUUUUAAAAUUGCCACCUCACAUUCAAUAUGCUAAGGUACAUAGUUCAGAGGCGCUGCAUUUUAUUAGUACAAAAAGAUCCUCCCUAGACUAACCCAUCUCUGAUCGAAAAUCGAAGUAAAGUCUGGCCAAGGCGAUAAAAGUUUUUAAGAAAUCAAACGAAACGACGAAGUUUGGUAUUAAAAAAUAAUUCCUAGGUAUUAGAUAAUUUAUCAAAAUGAUUGCUAGGUAUUAACGGCUUUAGAGACUUUAGAGGCUCUAGAGGCUCCUUGUUGUUGUAUAUUGUUGCUAUAAGUAUUUAUUCAGGCUGUUGUAUUAUGAUACUCGUCCAAUACUGCAUUUUGUCUUUACAUCUUUGGGCAGAGAGAUGUUAUGGUUUUAGAUUCUAAAUAUUCUAAAUAACUUUCAAUAUGCAGUCUAACAAAGCUAACACAAUGUUAAUGUUAUCAAGAUUUGUUCGUUUGUCUAUUUGUCAAUGCUUUACGAGUAUAUGUACGAGCCAUGAGGUACCGCCAUUUUUUUCAAUACCCGUAUAUAUAUAUAUGCCCACAUUACUCUGAUAAGUCUAAUAUCUAAUAGUAUUUUUAUUAAAUUUGUAUUCUUUCUCAAGACUGAUGUUUAGGAUGCUGUAGGUAAAUAUUCUUUAGACUAUAAUUACCUAGUUAAAAAAACUGUGGUGCGGCAUUAUAUUUAAUUAUUUAUAUAUUGAUCCAGUGGGUAAAAACCCUAGCAAGCAAGGAUCUAUUAUUUAAAUAGGUAUAUGAAGAACGACAUAAUACUUGUAUCUUUUUAGGAUUUUCUGUAAAUAUGUCUGUAGACAUUGAUAUUGUAGAACGAAUUUCAACCAAUUUGUAAAAUAUUACAAUAUUAUUAUAUAAACGUAGGUAAUAACUACAAUAUAAUUUUAGCCGCAUUACUGCAAUAUUCAAUAAAGAACGUGACAAAAAUAGAGCUUAC